ACCAGAUGUCUAGGAAUUCCAGCACCCAGCUUGGCUCUUGUUGACCUGGAUGAUAAUUGCUUUGAAAUUUCCACUCUAAAGGAAGAGAUUAUUGAAGCAUUAAAAAAACAUCUCUUGAUGAAUUUCAGCCUGGCAAACCUGAAUGCUACAGCAGAUUAUUUUGAGUAUGAUAAUAACGAUGUUCUCGAAGACCUAUUUAUAUACGACUAUUUUAAAAAUAUCAUUUUCUCUAUUAUAUUGAUCAUCUGCUGUAUUGGAACCCCAUUAAAUGGAAUUGUUAUCUGGCUACUUGGCUUCCAAAUUAAGAGAAACCCUUUCACAGUAUUGAUUCUUAAUUUAGCUAUUGCCGACUUUGGACAUCUCAUCUUUAUGACUAUAUCUUGUAUUAACAUUUUUAUAGGUUUUAUACAGUCAGGAAUUCCCCAGCAAAUCUUCUAUAUUCUCUUCAAUGUUACAUAUAUUAACGAUCUGUUUCUUCUGACAGCCAUCAGCAUUGACCGGUGUGUGUCUGUCCUUUUCCCAAUCUGGCAUCGCUGUUCCCGGCCAAAAUAUUUGUCCCCUGCUGUCUGUGCCAUCCUCUGGAUCUUCUCUUUCCUCCUGACUGGAAUUAGCCUCAAUCUUAAUCAUUUAAUUCUUUCUUAUAUCCCCUAUGAUCUCCACUUGGUUGUGACUGCUGUGCUUUGCCUUCCGUUGAUCACAACCUCUACUGUGAUCCUGUUCAUCAAAAUAUGUCUUAAAUCAAAACAGCUCAAACCACGAAGAAUUUUAGUGAUGAUCUUAAUUACUCUUCUCUGUUUUCUUAUUCUUACACUCCCAUUAUAUAUCUAUGUGUUCGUUAUUCGUUUUAUUCAGAAGUGGGAUUUGAUUGAUAUUAUUAAAUUACUUUUCUACUUCAGUCUGUGUGCUUCUCUAAACUGCAGCGUUAACCCGGUGAUCUAUUUUCUGGUUGGGAGAAAGAAAAAAGCUGGUUCUAGGGAGAGCAUCAAGGUCAUUUUUCAAAGAGUUUUCAGGGAAGAUGAAGCUCCUGAAAUCUGAUAAAGGUUUAUAAACACAAUUUCAAACCCUCUGUAAAUGUAAAACUUCUGCUGUUCUUUAAUGCUGGUUAUCUCUUAUGAGUGCAUAGCUGUAUUUCUUGUUAUAGAAAUGAAGUAUAAUAAAGGAUUCUUUCCUCUCCAGAGGAAGUGGCCUCUGUUCCAGCGUUAAACCAUAAUUAACAAGUUAAAAUUCAUAUAUGGCUGGAAAAGAUGACUAAAAUACAUAUAGAAUUUAAGCCAAAAUUGUUUCUGCUAGGAAUAUUAGGAUCUAGUUAUGGAAAAGAGAAAAAGUAUUUAAUAUUACAUAUAUUGACAGCUGCAAGAAUAGUAUUUGCCCAAUACUGGAAAAAUGA